AUGUCCGGUUUCCAACUUCCACCUAUUUUCGACGUUCCUGCUCUUUCUACAAUUGAGCGAGCAACUGUCCUGGACGCUCUUUUCGAGCCUUGCACUGCUCUGCACACCUUGUCUCUCGAUCUUCUCCACACCGAGAAGUUCGAGUCUUACUAUGACCUCAUUGCAAGCGUUGGAGUCCAGUUGAUAGAUCUGUCUGAAAGUCUCUCUACAAGUGACACAGAAUGGCUGGACAAUAUCCUUGGUGCUCAUCCCAGACUUGGUGAGAAGAAAGUCGAGAGUGCACAGUCACAAGCCGAGCAAGCCCAACUGAAUACCGGUGGCGAGGAGGAGGCUACUAAAUUACGGAAUCUGAAUGCUGAAUACGAGAAGACCUUCCCUGGUCUCAAAUAUGUGGUAUUUGUGAACGGAAGGUCAAGGCCAGUCAUCAUGGAGGACAUGCGUUCGAGGAUAGACAGAGGAGAUAUCAAGCUCGAGCGAGCAGAGGCUAUCAAGGCAAUGUGUGAUAUUGCAGCGGACCGCGCUGUCAAACUCCAACAACAUUAG